AUGGACAGGUGGUCCCUGGGUGGCAGCCCCAAGGGGGAUAUGGACCCAUUCUACUAUGACUAUGAGACUGUCCGCAAUGGGGGCCUGAUCUUUGCUGGCCUGGCCUUCGUGGUGGGGCUCAUCAUAAUACUCAGCAAAAGACUCCGCUGUGGGGGGAAAAAGAAGCACCGGCCCGGCAGCGAGGACGAGCUGUAA